AUGUCUCCACCAACGCCCUGGUGGAAAAACGCCACAAUUUACCAAAUAUACCCUGCCAGUUACAAGGACUCCAACGGCGAUGGCAUUGGUGAUUUGCCCGGCAUUCUUGGCCAGCUGGACUACAUCCAGUCAUUGGGCGUUGAUGCAAUCUGGAUAUGUCCAAUGUACAAAUCCCCCCAAGUCGACAUGGGCUAUGAUGUGGCGGAUUAUGAAGAUGUACAUGGCCCGUACGGGACAGUCGCCGACGUGGAGGCGAUUAUCGCAGCCUGCCACAAGCGAGGACUGCGCAUCUUGCUUGAUCUCGUGAUUAACCAUACAUCCGACCAACAUGCUUGGUUCAAGGAAUCAAGAGCUGAUAAGGCUAGCGCCAAGCGUGAUUGGUAUAUCUGGCGACCAGCUAAAUAUGAUGCUGAUGGUGUGCGGCGACCGCCUAAUAACUGGCGCAGCAUAUUUGGUGGGAGUGCAUGGGAAUGGGAUGAGGUAUCUGAGGAGUAUUAUUUGCAUCUGUUCGCUGUCGAGCAGCCGGAUCUUAAUUGGGAGAAUGCCGAGAUGAGAGCAGCUGUUUAUGAGUCCGCGAUGGAGUUUUGGUUGCGAAAAGGUAUUGAUGGGUUCCGAGUUGAUACGGUGAAUAUGUAUAGCAAAGAUCAAUCGUAUUGCGACGCACCCAUUAUUGAUCCUAAUCAUGAGCACCAACUGGACGCUUCGCUAUUUUGCAACGGACCCCGGAUCCACGAGUUUCUCCGUGAAAUGGGUCAGAUCCUGCUUAAGUACAACGCUGUCACAGUUGGAGAGCUCCCAGCUACCCCGGAAGUCGCCGAUGUACUGAAGUACGUCUCAGAGAAAGAGCAGCAGCUGAGCAUGGUCUUUCAAUUCGAUAUCGUCGAUGUGGGCAAGGGCAAAGAUUUCCCCCUCCAGACCACACCACGAAACUGGACACUCCCCGAGCUACGCGCGAGUGUCAAGCGUACACAGACGCUCAUGGACGGCACAACAGACGGGUGGAGUACAACAUUUCUAGAAAACCACGACCAGGCCCGGUCAAUCUCGCGAUGGGGUAGUGAAGAGACUCCAGAGUUAUGGGCUACCAGUGCAAAGAUGCUCGCUAUGCUCAUUGCCAGCCUCUCAGGAACGCUUUAUAUCUACCAAGGCCAGGAAAUUGGCAUGGUCAACGCACCGCUAGAAUGGGAUAUGUCUGAGUACAAAGAUUUGGACAGUCUUAAUUAUUACAAUUAUGUGAAGAAGAUAUCUGGGAAUGAUCUCGUUACAUUGGAAGCGACCAAGGUUGCUAUCGCUCAUCUUGCGCGUGACCAUGCUCGACUACCUAUGCAAUGGGACAGCACGCCCAACGCCGGAUUUUCCAGCGAGGAGGCUAAGACUUGGAUGCGAGUGCAUGAUAAUUAUCCCACAUUGAAUGUAGAGCGACAGAGUUCAGAUCCAAACUCUGUGCUUUCCUUCUGGAAGGAUCUACUGCGUGUGCGUCGUGCCAAUCCGAAGGUCUUUGCACAAGGAGUGUUUGAAGAUACCGAUCCAUCUAACGGGGCUGUUUUUGUGUUCGAAAAGCACUCUGACAGCGAGAAACUGGUAGUGGCCCUCAACUUCUCUGGCGAGAAACAGUCAGUUGAUCUGGUUGGUCAACUUGGUAAUGCGAAGCGAAAGGUUCUGGCGAAGAAUUAUGAGGAGGAUGUGUUGGAUGCACUGCAACCUUAUGAAGGCCGCAUUUACCUUGUUGGGAAAUAA